AUUAAUUAUAGAAGCAACAACUAACUGGAAACAACAGUGUUCCUUAAAAUGUUUUUAUAUUUUUUUAAAUCGAAAACAAUCUGUGUAUAAAGAUUUUGUUUUGCAAAAAAAAAAUUUCUGCUGAAGUUGUAGUUAUGGGAAGUUUAUCUGAAUCACUCAUUGCAGAGCUACGUGAAACAUUUGAUCUAAUUGACAAAAACGGAAGUGGCACCAUAUCUAAAAAAGAUUUAGAAACUCUUUUUAGAGGAUUAGGUGUUUCAAUAUCAAGUGAUGAAAUUGAUAGAAUAAUAAAAGAAGUUGAUAGUAACAAUGAUGGAAAAAUUGAUUUUGAAGAUUUUGUUAAAAUAAUGGCAAAACAAAAAAAAGAGGAAAACAACGAAGAUAUUAAAAAGGCAUUCGACGUAUUUGAUAAAGAUGGAAACGGGAAAAUAACUGCUGCCGAACUUAAAAUAACAAUGCAAACUUUGGGAGAAGAGUUAAAUAAUGAAGAAAUUGAUGAAAUGAUACAAGAAGCAGACCUUGACGGGGAUGGAGAGAUAGACUACAAAGGUAGCUAAUAUGGAGCAGACAUGGAGCAAGCUCCAACCAUUUUUAUGUUUAUACUUAUGUCAAACUGUGUCAGGUCAGGUGUAUGGUCUUCAUGAUAACUGUGUUACUGAUAACAUGUAACCCAGUGCAACUUACUCCAUGUCCUGCUGCCGUAUGGGAUUCGCUUUCUAAGAAAAGGCAUGGAGGAGUUUGCUUCCUGUCAACUGUACUUUUUAAAAUCGGUCAUACCUAUAGUAAUAUAUAAAUAUAUAUUUAUUA